AUGGCGAGAAAUAAACCGUCAACGCUGCACUCAGCGGCAGCUGCACCUCCCGUGGGCAUCCUUGACAGCGGAGGUGCUCAACUAGAGGGCGCGAACAAGCGCCAUUUUCCGGUCGGAGGCAACGGAGCCGGAGAGCCGAGCACACAAAUUGAUACGACGGGCUUGAAAAGCUCAGACCGGGCCGAGCCAGUUGAGGCGCAGCCACAAGUUGUUGCCACUCAGCCUCACGCUCAGACAACUCGCGUGAGUGGCACUGUGGGCGAUAACUUUCCCGCAAAGGGUUCCACGAGUGUCCGAAGCGAGGUGCCGCGGAAAGGGUUUAAGCGGCGGCGGACGCUCUGCCAAACGGCCGAGGAGGCCUUUGAGUGGAGCGAAGAAGACGUCGAGGAGCCAAGUCCAGACGGUACUAGGAGUGUUCCAGAAUUGGGAACAAGCGCCAACAGAACGCCGUUUUGCCCUCAGGGGCCGCCAAUUGCCAACGAAGAGAAAGCAGGGCUUUUGAGCGGGCGCCAAAAGGGAAACGGAGACUGGUCGAGUAUUGACCUGGCCGGCAAGGACGAGUCGCAGCCGUUAU